AGUAAUGUUUGUGAUUUACAAAAACUGCAAGGUAACUGUCGGUCUUAAGUGAUUGCAAUCAUUGUCAAUUGUAAAAAGUUUUCUUCGAUUUAAUAUUUUGUUUGAACACAAUUUUCAAAAACAAUAAUGGAUUUCGUUGACAAUUCUCUUGGUAACUUUGCCAUUUUAGGCGCCAAUAAUGCCAGGCCAAAAAAUUUCCAAGAAACCUAUCACCCGGUUCAACAAAAUUUAAAAAAUUAUAACGCAAAACAAAGCAAAACACUUAUUAAAGGUUUGAUGAUUACACAAGGCAUGCACAUGCCUUUACGUUUAGCUAUGGAACAAAAAGUAUUUGAAAGUGUUGGACGUCUUCCCAUAUUAAAGUCAUCUCAUUUGCACACUGAAGUAUUGAAUGACACACUUGAUACAGUGACUGAACGUGAUUACUUAAACCCUUCUGAAUACAAUGAAACUCUAGUUCCAUCAUUUGUUAUCAUGGAUAAAGAUUUGAAAUUUUAAUACAGUAAUUAUAAAAUAUUAUCUACAUUUAAAUAUGUAAGAUUUUGUCAAUAUAGGUUUUCAUAAAUACAUUA